UAAUAAAAGAAAAAAACGACAAGAAAAAGAUUCAACAUAACUAUAACUUGGUUCAUAAUAUAACUACGGAGAGCCAAUUGACCUUCUUCGCUUUUGGCCUUGGUACCGUGUAGGUAGUUUCAUUCUGGCUAGUUUGUUACAAAAAGCAGUGUCCUGACACUAAUUUUGUAUACAAAUGAAGACAUAAUCAUGAUCGGAAGUAAUUUUCGUCAAAUUACCGGGAGUAAUAUGUUUUACGCCCGUUUCAUUGUCACCAAACGUUAUUGCUCUAUUAUCUGUGAAAGGCCAUACAUUCUUCUCGUUCCAAAAGGAUGUACGAGAUAAUCGGUUAUUCUAACAGCUAUGACAAAAACGCCGCAGGACUUGUAUAUAAAUAAACGUACGUCUGAUCGGCUAGAAUUCAUUAUUUGUGCGUCCUAACUCGUCCAAUAGUCCAAACUUGAAGAUUAUUGAAUAGUAACCGCAUUAAACUAAUCCAAACAAGUUUAUCUUUUUUAAUUGCUUCAUCAUGAUUAAUAUGUUGCUUACGUUAUACAUUGUCAGCAUCUUGCGGGAUCAAGUUUUUGCACAAAGUGACACUAUCAUUUUUGAUAACAGUUCCCCUGCAAAUAUGCAAAGUAACAACAAUGGCAUGAUGUGCUCUUGUGUAUCAGUGGGUAGUUGUCCUACUGUGGCUACGGGUAUUGACAUUCGAAUAGUUAAUACGGCUUCUAAUUGUUCUGCUGGGCAAGUUUAUUGCUGUUCAUCAACGGAUACUAUAAAUGGUGGUACUUGUGGCACCAGAAAAAUUCCAUUAGGUCUACAUCCUCAAGGUCAAGCCAGUUAUGGGGCAUAUCCUUGGCAAGCUGUACUUUUGACUACAAAUAACGUUUAUGUAGGCUCUGGUGUUCUAAUUACACCGAAUCAUGUACUUACUGUUGCUCACAAAGUAGCAUCUUAUAUAAAUGGUGGACUUAAAGUGAGAUUGGGAGAGUGGGAUAGUAGGUCCACAAAUGAACCUGAUCCAUACCAAGAAUAUAUGAUCCAAAGAAUUGUUAUACAUACAAAUUUCCAUUCUGAUAAUCUUCAGAAUGAUGUUGCUGUUAUAACAUUGAGUAGCACAGUACCUGUUUCUAGCAGCCCAAAUAUUAAUACUGCAUGCUUUCCUACAGCAGAACCUGCAGCUGGUACAAGGUGUUGGGUAUCAGGCUGGGGAAAAGAUGCAUUUGGUAUGAAUGGUCAAUAUCAAAGCAUAAUGAAAGAAGUGGAUGUACCCAUUGUAAAACAAUCAACCUGUGAAGUUUCUCUUCGUAGAACUAGACUUGGGCAAUAUUAUAAUCUUGAUAAAAACAGCUUUAUAUGUGCUGGUGGAGAAACUGGAAAAGAUGCAUGCACAGGUGAUGGUGGUUCACCAUUGGUGUGUCAAUCUGGAAAUGGACAAUGGCAAGUUGUUGGUAUGGUAGCAUGGGGUAUUGGUUGUGCAACAUAUAAUGUUCCAGGUGUUUAUGUAAAUGUAUAUAAUUACAUUGGAUGGAUUACACAGCAGAUUGCCUAAUUAUUCAAAAAAAGGAAAAUAUUGUGUACAAUAAUUAUGUAUUAUUAUGUAUUAUUUAAAACUAUCUCCUAUACAUACCUAGCUACUUAAUAGUUUAAUCUCGGUUUAAUGCAAUUUCUCGACCGAGUUUAAAAAUUAAUUUUCGUAUUAUGCAAAUAUAUGAAAGUAUUUUUAUUGAUCUUAUAUUAAAGUAUUAUUAUUUCUUAUAUUAUAUUUUGUUUGUCUGUAUCAUAUUUCAAUGUAACUGAAAUCUGUAUUAUAAAGCAUUAAAAGUCUUAAAAUUCGACAUUUUAAA